AGUAAAUGUCUUUUUUUUUAAAAAAAAGAAAAGAACAAAGUUGCCUGAAACAGAAAUAUACAUACUCCGUAAAAGCAAGCAUGCUAAAAAUCGCAGAGUUUUACCAAGGCGUGAUGCUCGUGAGAUCAAAGCAGUACGAGACGCACACGUAUACUUGUUGGGACGUCCAUGACCAUGGGAGAGAACAGGUUUAGCGACCGAGGAUGGUUACGAGUCGUGGCAAAGCCCGGCAGGGGAUGGGAAUAUGGGAUUGGGCCAAGUCAUCCAUCCCCUCGACCCCCCUCAUCUAGGCACCAUCCCCCUCUUCCCUCCAAGAGUGAAACGAGACCUCCCUCGCUCGCAACCGCCACGGCAGCAGCCGGGACAACGCGCGCGGCACCACCCGCCGGCCCAGUCCACCACCCCCCACGUCGGCGUCCCCAUCCAUCGUAACCUCUCCCCUACCUCUCCUUCCUCCCUCGCCACCACGCACGCACGCCAUGAGAGCGCGCGGCAACUGCUCGGUGAUCACCGUGUGGCGUAGUAGCCUAGCCGCGCGCUAGCAAGCAGCGUGCCCGCCGACCACGUACGUCCUGCUUAGCGUGUCGUGUCGUGUCGGCCAUGAAGCAGCCGGGCAAGGCCGCCGCGGACGCGCCGCCGUCGCCCGGCCUCCUCCCCUCCCGCCGCGGCCGCCGCCUGGCCGCCGUGCUGGCGCCGCUCCUCCUCUUCCUCGCCGCCGCGCUCUCCUUCCCCUCCACGCUCCGCCUCCAGCUCCUCCUCGCCGCCGUGCCUGCUUCAACCCUGCCUCGCCCCCGCACCACCGUCGUCGCCUCCAGACCCCCCUCAUCCCCGCCCGCUCCCCGGGUCGCCGUGUGCCUCGUCGGCGGCGCGCGCCGGUUCGAGCUCACCGGCCCCUCCAUCGCGCGCCACGUACUCCACCAGAACCAAUCGGGCGCCUCCGCCGCCGCGGUGGACGUGUUCCUGCACAGCCCGCUGGACGCCGACGCCUACAAGCUCUCCCUCCUCGCGCGCGCCGCCCCCGCCACGGUCAACCUCGCCACCGUGCGCGUGUUCCGCCCCGAGCACGUCGAGGAGACGCCGGACCGCGCGCAGGUGCUCACCGCCGCCAACUCGCCCAACGGCAUCCAGGGCUUGCUGCAGUACUUCCGGCUGGUGGAGGGCUGCCUGGACCUCAUCCGCGACCGCGAGUCCCGCGGCAACUUCACCUACGCCGCCGUCCUCCGCACCCGCGUCGACGGCUUCUGGUCCGCGCCGCUCCACCUCGCCGACCUCCUCCCCGCCGCCAACGCCACCACCGCAAACGACGACGCCCACUACUACGCCGUCCCGGAGGGCUCCCGCUUCGGCGGCCUCAACGACCGCCUGGGCUUCGGCGGCCGGCAUGCCACGGAGGCCGCGCUCUCCCGCCUCUCCAUGCUCCCCCGCCUCGCCGCCGCGGGGUACCGCAACCUCAACUCCGAGGCGGCCUUCCGCGCGCAGCUCGACGUGGCCGGCGUCGCGGGGCGCGAGCGCCGCCUCCCGUUCUGCGUGCUCAGCGACCGCGUCUACGCGUUCCCGCCCGUGGCCGGGUACGGCGUCCCCGUGGCGUCGCUGGCGAGCCCCGGCCCACUCAGCGGCGCCAAGUGCCGGCCGUGCCGCCCGGCGUGCCGCGCCGGGUGCGCGGCGAGGAGCGUCGACGCGCUGGAGAGCGGGUGGAGCUGGAUCGAGCACCGGAACGGGACGGACGUGGAGAUCUGCGACGCCUCCGGCCCGUGGGAGGACGGGUGGGAGGCGGUCUUCGACGCGGCCGCCGGCGCCGGCGCCGGCAAGGAGAGGAGGAGGGUGGCGAGGAUGGGAGCCAGGGAGUGCGUCGCGGAGAUGGAGGCGUUCAGGGCGCGGACCGAGCGCUGGGACGCGCCAAGCCCCGCCGAGAUUUGCCGGAUCGGGCUCAUAGCCCGGACACCGGCGGCGAAGGCGACUACCUCCGGCGGCUCGGCGUAGUCUGUUGUCGGACGGUGACAGGACUAACCAACCUUGAGUCCAUACGGACGGUGACAGGCGACCGCGCAGCUCGUGCUCCGUCGCGCCGCUAGCUCGCGCAUAUGGACGGGUUCAGUAAAUGACCGUGGCUAUCAGCAGGGUACCAGCGCCUCGGCUCACAAGCCACACGGGAUGCUGGCUCGGUGGGUGGCCCACUCCUAGUCCAAUGGCCCAAACUGCAUACAACCUCGUACACAAAUAAGUAGCCCAUCAUCAGCGGCAUGCGACAUGUUGUGCAUGGGUCAACAAUUUGGGCCACCAGUAAACGAAUUUGGCCCAUUCGAUUUCUUUCGAUAGGUGGGUAACCGACCGAUAGAUACAUAGGAGGAAGCCGCCGCUUCGCCGCUCCCGCACACCUGACCUCUCGCCGCCUCCGCCGCCGCCUCUCCUUGCCGGUCGCGGGUCUCCAGCGUCUUCGUCGGUCGCCAUGUCCGCC